AUGUACGCGUACAACCUCGCCACAGGUGACGCCACAGCCGCGCAGAGCGAGGCGCUGAGCAUCCUCUCUGUGCACCCCACGCUGGACGUGGCGCUGCUGUCCCUGCGCCAGUGGCCACCAGCUUCCCUGGUGCAGACAUACCCUUUGACGACCACACGCCAAACCAUUGACAGGGGGAAAAAAGUCCAGCAGGAAAAGCACAUCGCUAUGCCGCCAAAGAAAGCCGCACACCAAAGAAGGCAGCCUCCAAAGAAGGCCGUUCCCAAGACUGCUUCAAAGCGUGGACGCGCCGAGCCUUCCGCAUCCGCUCCGGCCAAGGCCGCCAAGGCCGUCGCUGCCUCGACAACAGCCUCGUGCACUGUCCGUCCGCCGUUCUAUAUUAUCCAACUUAUCGAGGGUGUUGGCGGGCGCUUUGCAUACUUCACGCGGUGGGGGCGCGUUGGUGAGGUUGGCCAGCAAGCACUCGUUGAAGGCACUCGAGUGGUGGCGGAGCAGGCGUUUGAGAGGAAGUUCAAGGACAAGACGAAGAAUGACUGGAAGACUGUCAGGGACAACCACGCCGCCUUUGAAAAGGCAAGCGGCAAGUACGACCUCGUGGAGACGGACAACACAAACAGCGACGGGGCUGCCGCGGCGGUGGCGACCUCAGCCACCGAAGCCAGUGGCGGCGAACCCAGCAAACUGCCACCGCAACUGCAGUCCAUCCUCAAAGUCAUUUUCAACAAGGAUAUGUUCAAGGCAAAGAUGAAGGAGCAGAACAUCGACGCGAAUCGCAUGCCUCUUGGCAAACUCACCAAGUCACAGGUGGAGAGAGGUUACGAAGCCCUAGAGGCGAUUGAGACGGUGAUCAACAAGCGCACCCGCAGCGCUAAGGAUACUGCUGAGCUGGAGACGCUCUCACCUCUCCCGCUUCUACACCAUCAUUCCGCAUGA